GCCAACACCACACAACCACCAACACCACCCUCUAACACCGCCAACACCACACAACCACCAACACCACCCUCUAACACCGCCACCGCCACCGCCGCCGCCGCCACCAUGCACCAGUGCGACCAGUGCCCGUACAGCACCGACUGCUACGUCAAGUUCAAGCGCCACGCGCUGGGCCACGCCGAGGCGCGGCCGUUCGCGUGCGCCGCCUGCGGCAGGGCCUUCGCCCGCCUCAAGUCGCUGCACGUGCACCGCCGCAUCCACACGGAGGACCGCCCCUACCAAUGCCCCGCGUGCCCCAAGGCGUUCACGCGCUCCACCACCCUCUACAAGCACCGCAAGAUCCACACGGGCGAGAAGCCGUACGCGUGCGGCCUCUGCGCCAAGGCCUUCACCCAGUCGGAGCACCUCGACCGCCACACCCGGGUCCACACGGGCGACCGCCCUUACGCCUGCGCCGUGUGCGCCAAGACGUUCGCGCAGUCGCAGCACCUGCGCUGCCACCAGCGGACGCACACGGGCGACGGCCUCGUCAUGUGCGCCCAGUGCGGCAAGGUGCUCACGUCGGCCAAGAGCCUCCGGCUGCACGAGCGCUCGCACGCCAAGGAGCGCCAGCAGCAGCAGCAGCAGCAGCAGCGGCGGCAGUGGCAGCAGUGCGACGGUGACGGAGGGGGGGAGGACGCGGGGGCGGCGGCGGCGACUGCGUCGGCCGAGUCGUCGGCGUCGGCGUCGGCGUCGGCGUCGGCGGCGUCGUCCGCCUCCCCGUCGGCCUCCCCGUCGUGCUCCCGGUGCGGCGAGCAGUUCGCGCGGCUCUCGCUGCUGUGGGAGCACCAGCGGGCGCGGGCGUGCGAGCGCCCGCACCGCUGCGCCUUCUGCGGCAAGACGUUCGGCAAGUCGAAGGCGCUCAAGAUGCACACGCGCAUGCACACGGGCGAGCGCCCGUACGCGUGCCCCGUGUGCGCCAAGGCGUUCACGCGCGCCGCCACCCUCUACAAGCACAAGCGCAUCCACGCCGACGAGAAGCCCUUCAAGUGCGCCGUGUGCGCCCGCGCCUUCACCCAGGCCGAGCACCUGCAGCGGCACCGCACGGUGCACACGGGGGAGCGGCCGCACGCCUGCGGCGAGUGCGGCAAGGCCUUCGCCCUGCUCGAGUACCUCCGCUGCCACCAGAAGACGCACGCCGUCGAGGAGCUGCACCUGUGCGCCGAGUGCGGCAAGGUGUUCUCGUCCGUCAAGACGCUGCGCGUGCACAAGCGGCUGCACCUGCGGCGCGCGGCCGGCGGGGGCGGCGGCGCCGGCGGCGGCGGCGGCGGCCGGCGACCGUUCGUGAGCUGCACCGAGUGCUGGGAGACGUUCGCCGAUUUCGAGCAGCUCCGGGCUCACCAGAGGAUUCACACCGGGGAGGCGGUGGCGGUGAAAUUCGAGGGAGCCGGCGGUCGCGGCGGCGGCGGCGGCGGCGACGAGGAGGAGGAGGAGGAAUUGGCACGGACGCUGCCGUUCAUAAAGCAAGAGCCGCCGGACGACCUCGGCUGCGACGCGUGGCCGGGGCUGGCCGCGGCCCGUCAGGACGACUACGGCGGCGGUUACGGCGGCGGAGACAAAGACGACGAGCAGCAGCAGCAGCAGCAGCAGCAGGAGGAGAAAGAGGAGAGGGCGGUUGCCGUCGGCGUCGCCGGCAGGCGGCACGUCCGGCGGCGCGUCAAGCGGGAGAGGGGGAGCCGGGGACGCGCGGCGUGGCGGCCGCCGGCGGCGGUGAAGGUGGAGGCGGACGACGAGGAGGAGGAGGAGGAGGGGAACCGCGGCGUCAAAGUGGAGCGCGAGGAGGUGAACGAUGAGGAGGAGGAGGAGGAGGGAAGCCGGUCCGUGGCGCGAGGGCGACGCGGAGUCAAUGGUCGCUCCGCGCAGGCGGCUGAAAACUAG